AUGGCGCAAGACAUCAAUGUGAUGCUGUAUGGGCUUGGCGCUAUCGGCUCCUUCUAUGCCUUUAUCUUGGAGCGUACCAAGCGCGUCCGCCUGACCGUCGUUGCUCGUUCCAACUAUGAGGCGGUUAAGAAAGACGGCCUACAUAUCAGAAGUGCGAACCACGGUGACCAUGUCGUGCAUCCAGCGAAAGUGGUGAGGACGCCGGCAGAGGCGGGAGAAACUUACGAUUACGUUGUCUGCGCCCACAAGGCGAUCAACCAAGAGUCCACUGCAAAGCAACUGGCUCCGGCUGUCGAUGAGAACAAAACAUGCAUCGUGAUCAUCCAGAAUGGAGUCGGCAACGAAGACGCGUUCCGAGAAACAUUUCCCAAGUGCACCAUCCUAAGCUGUGUGACGUGGGUUGGGGCCAGUCAAGACAUCCCCGGUGUUGUGAACCACUGGAAGUCUGAGAACACGGAGAUAGGCCUCUUUCCCAACCCGAGCCUCGAUGCUGCUUCCGAACAAACCAGGCUAAAUGAGUUUACAUCGCUAUUGCGUGAAGGCAAAACACCAUUCUCGGUGGAAGACAAUGUUCAGAUCCAGCGGUGGUCCAAGGUCAUCUGGAAUUGUGCAUGGAACUCUCUUACAACACUCACCAUGCUCGACACCCAUUCAUGGCUCAAGUCGUCGCCUGAUUCAAUGCCCAUGACGCGGAGGUUGAUGCAGGAGGUCAUCGAUGUGGCAAGGGCGUGCGACGUCCCUGUCAAAGACGGGUUGAUUGAUGAACUUCUCGAGAAGAUCCUGGCGAUGCAGCCCAUCGGGUCCAGCAUGCAGACUGACUGUAAGAUGGGACGCCCAAUGGAAGUUGAAAUCAUCCUGGGAACUCCAGUCCGAAAGGGAAGGGAGCUCCAUGUGGCGACCCCAAUCCUGGAGGUGCUGUAUACCUUGCUGUCGGCCAUCAAUACCCGUAUGAAGCCAGUUUAA